CAAUUAUUGGGGUUUUCAUUGGGUCCUCUUCUCGAUCUACCGAUCUCGGUUACAUUCAGUUUCAGCGUUACUUUUUUGUUGAUCACCUAUUUGUCGGGUGGCGGAUUGUGUUAGAGACAGAGAGAGAGAGAUGGAGGUCCAACAUUUUAGCCACGAGGAGCAUCCAUUGAUGCUGGUGGAAGAGUUAGAAAAUGAUGGCGAGAAUGAAGUUGUUUGCUCAGGGUGCGAGAAAUCAGUAUCUUGUGGUCCUGCUUACAAGUGCUCUCAAUGCAAAUUCUUCCUUCACAAGUCAUGCGCAGAGUUACCCCCUGAGAUACAACACCCUGUGCAUCCAAACCACACCCUCCUCCUUCAAGCGCCAGUGUCAGAUGAUAGAUAUUGUGAUGCCUGCGGUAGGCGUUUCAAAAGUUGCUUCUCCUACAGGUGCCAUAGUUGCAAUUUCGACCUUGACAUCGAAUGUGUCUCGGCCAGUUUGCCAACUAAACCUGACGACGGUCACCAACAUGAAUUCGUUCCCAUCUUUCAGCAGUUCCACUUCACUUGUGAAUUAUGUGGUGAGGAUCGCAACAUUAUUGGCGCCCAGGUAUGCCGCAUUUGUCAACUCUUGGCUGACAGUCUAUGUGCUCUGAAGCCAAGUACCAUCAAAAUUACAGCAGAUCGUCACUUGCUCACUCUCAUCUAUUCACUUGGUAAAGUGAUUAAGGAGCACGACAAUGUAUUCUGUAAGCUUUGCUAUAAAAAGCUCGACCCCAAUUAUGCGGGUUAUUAUUGCCAAGAAUGCGAUUUCGUAGCCCACUUGGGAUGCGCCCUUAGACCUAGACAGACCAUAGACUCAAGCAUAGAUCUCAUUGAGGAUGGUAUCGACUUUGAAGAGAAAGAAGAACUAGAGGAGCUCCAACAUUUCGAUCAUGAACAUAAGUUAAUCAUCAGCCGCAACGAAGUCGAGGUUCAUGAUCAUAAGCUCUGUGAAGGUUGUAUCCAAUCAAUUUCCGCCCCAUUUUAUAGUUGUGAGCAAUGCGACUACUUUCUCCAUAGCAAGUGUGCUCGACUACCCUUAAAGAAGCGAUACCUAAGUCACCCACAUCUGCUUACCCUCUCCGCAAGGGGAGAGCACAUUGUUGAUGAUCACAUCGUAUUUUGCAAUGCUUGUAAUCAACAUAGCCAUGGCUUCUCUUAUAAAUGUCACAACUGUGACUACAGCCUUGACAUCCGAUGCUCUUCGAUUCCAAAAACCUUUAAACAUGAAGGUCACCAACACUCUCUUUUCCUUGCCGUAAGUUCUGUUGAAAGGUGCAAUGCUUGUGACAAGUCGGUGAGUUGGCUCAGUCCUGGUCUAUUUGUAUGCACUAAAUGCAAUUUUGCAUUGGAUUUUAAAUGUGCAACACUCCCGCUCAAAGCUAAGUAUGAAUAUCACCCGCAUCUCCUCUCAUUCACUCACACUAUUGCCAAAAAUGAUUCUGAAGAAUAUUAUUGUCUAAUUUGUGAAGAAGAAAGAAAUUCAGACCAUUGGUUCUAUUACUGUGCAUAAUGUAACUUUACUGCUCAUGCUCGAUGCAUAGUUGGGCGGCAUCCCUACAUUAAGUAUGGAAAAACAUAUAUAGAGCAGCUUCACCGACAUCCUCUAACUUUCGUCCUGAGAACUAAGGUCUCUCCUCCCUGUGAUGGCUGCGGUGAAACUUUUGAUGGAAAUGUGGCCCUAAACUGUACACAGUGCAAAUUCUUCAUCUAUUGGGCGACGGAAUGUAUGGAUAAAUUACGAGUAAAAUACGUUCUUAGUGCUGAUUAGUUGUACUAGCUAGCACAUUUGUGUUUGCGCUAGAGAGAGUUCCUCAUAAUUGCAUAAUUUAUUUCAUCAUAUACUUUGAUCGGAUUAAA